GCGGUUUUUCAGCGCCAACCUUCUGUAACAUACUGCCCGCUCUUUUUUUGGCGGGCAAUGUCUCACCCCAACUUGGUGGUUCUCGCUUCUUAGUUGGUUUAGUGGCUGGGUUUCCGACUUUCGCCCACCAGUUCUUCACUGUUCGCAGGGAAUCUGACAACGGGCCGCCCAGCCAAGUCCUCGAUGAGCUUCCGUGGCUUGGCCUCGGGGCAGCUCUACGACUUCGACGUCACCCAGCGCCGGGCGGAGUAUGCGACGCCGCCGCUGAGUCAGCAAGACCUGGACCGGAAUGGCGUGGUGCCGGCGAAGAGCCUGCUGAAGUGGAUGCAGGCGGCACGAAUGGAGCUCCCCUGGCUGCAGGGUGGCUACGGCGGCCUUCAGCAGCUGCACCCCACGGUGCCCCGCCGCAUCUUCAUCGCCUCGCAAGGCCUGGAGUUUGUGAAGCACGGGCUGCUGAGUAAUGCCCAGUCCAAAUCUGUGCUCACGCGCGUGUGGCUGGGCAAGGUGGGUAGGACCUCUAUGGAGUUCCGCUACGACAUCUUCUUCGACUCGGAGAAAGUCGCGGAGGCCUCGUCCGUGGCCAUCGUGGUGUCGCCCGCCGCGGAGAGGUUUCAGCCCUCGCCGGUGCCCGAGGAUCUGCGGCCCCUGGUGACUUCGAGCGCGCGAGGGGCGGACCCAGCGGAGUGUCUGAGAUCCAUCCCGGACCUGCCGUCGCCUGCGUACCGGGUGAAGGCGGUGGUGCGGUUCUCGGACGAGGACAUCAACAAGCAUGCGAACCAUUCCGCGCAAGCUCUGUUUUUCGAGGAUGCAAAGGAGGAGAUGGCCGCGGACGCCUCCGCGCCGCCGCCGCUGCGGCGCCUCGCCGCGCAGGAGCUGCGGUCCCUGGCCAUCGCCUACCUGGCGGAGGCCCACGCCAAGGAUGAGCUGACGAUCUGCUUGGAGCCUCGUGGCUCGUCGCUCGAUGUUUGGGUGCAGCGGGAGCGCCCUGCGCCCAAGCUGCUUGCGAAAGGCCGCAUGUACCUUGCGAGUCGCUCGCAGCUGUGAUGCGGC